AUGGAGCUACAACCUUGGAACAACACAUUUAGUUUCACCCUUCAAAUAGCUAAGUUUGAUGUCGCACCAGAAGCUGUUUAUUCUGUAUUCUUUGCUGGAUGUUUGGUAUAUAUAUUUGCUGUGUGUUGUAAUGUAACACUUUUAGCACUGAUUGCUUCCCAGCAAAGUCUUCACAAACCAAUGUUUUACAUUUUUUUCAGCCUUCCUCUGGCAGAUAUAAUAGGAAUCACUUGUUGUCUUCCAAGGGUGCUUGUGGAUAUUGUAGCUCAAACAAAUGUGGUCUAUUAUCCCACAUGUGUCCUUCAGGGCUUUUUGCUUCAUUUGUAUGGAGGUAGUGUCCUUUUAAUUCUGGCAGCCAUGUCAUUUGAUCGCUACAUUGCAAUAUGCAAGCCACUCAGAUAUAAUUCAAUAAUGAAUCGUUACACCGUUUGUGGUGUCAUAACUGCUGCUUGGGGCCUUGAUUUUCUCUUGAUUCUUGUGUUGUUUGCCCUACAGGCAAGAUUUCCAAAAUGUAAGACAUUUAUUGUUAAUGUCUACUGUGAUAAUGUAUCCUUGCUUCAACUUUCAUGUGAUGGUGAUUUUACUUUGAACAAUAUCUAUGGGUUAGGAACAGCAGGUCUUAUCCAGGCCAUUAGUAUGGCCAUUCAGUUAUUCUCUUAUAUACAAAUCCUUAAGGCCUGUAUUCCUCACACACAAACCGAGGCUAGACUUAAAGCUUUAAACACAUGUUUAGCACAGUUAAUUUCCUUUGUUUUGUUUGAGAUAGUUUGUACUACUGCAAUACUUUCAUAUCGUUUUGAGUAUGUAAACCCCAAUGCACGAAAGAUAUUUGGUAUGUUGAGUUUCACAUUCCUCCCAGUUGUUAACCCAAUUUUAUAUGGGAUAAAAAUAAGAGAUGUUAGAAAAGCAUUCAUUGUUGUGUUGAAAAAACGAAAGGAAUCUCCCAACAAGCGCCGUCUAGGAGGUAAACAAGGUCCGCAAACCAAACUCAAGCAGGCCAGUGAGAAGCCACUAGAAGAAGGUGGACUUGAUCAUGGCACACUCUGGCUAGGACUUCUGGGAGCAGAGCUACCGACCUACCAGGAAAGGCAUACAGGCAAACUGUCAGCAACAUUUGUACCUGAGCAUCCAGGCCCAGAGGGGCUAGGUGAGAAAAGAAACACCACAGCGGACAGUGGGUCGACCUCUUUGGAGGCGAACAGACCAAUUUCCACAUGGGCAAAAAUCUGCCAGAUGCUUCAGAUCUCCGGGCCUCAGCAACUGCCUCGCCAGGAAGUCUGCAUCCCGAUUUAUGUGCCCUGGAAUGAAAAUUGCUCUCAGCAAAAGAAAUCUGUUCUCUGUGCAGAGCAGAAUCUGCUGCGCCAAUCUGAACAGAGGGCGUGA